CUGCUGCACCUGUCCGACCUGUUUGAGGACACAUGACUCCGGAGGAAUUUCUCCCGCUGCUCCCGUCCAUUGUCCAGAAGGAGACGAGAGGGUGAGAAGCAAAGAAGAGGAGGUGACGGACCGAAGAAAGUCAUGUCGGAACCAGACGCUAAUCCCGCCGCCACCUCGUUCCCAGCGACAACUAUUUCUUUACCUUUGGGACCGGAGGUGUUGAGGACUUAUUCUGGAGCACUUGUCUGCUUAGAAAUAUUAUUUGGUGGUUUCGUAUGGAUCCUGGUGGCAUCCUCCAACGUGCCUGUCCCCCUGCUUCAGGGCUGGGUAAUGUUUGUGUCGGUCACCACCUUCCUCCUCUCCUGUUCCUACCUCGCUCUCCUCAUCACUGGUUUGGCUGACCGCAUCAACACAGACUGGAACUUCUUGGAUGUGGUUUACCAUUUCGUAGCUUUGCUGUUCUACUUUGCUGCCUUUGUGUUGGAGGCAGCAACCACAGCAGCAAAUGGAGGAGCUCACAUCACAGGGCUACCAAACAGCACUGAGUCUGUCCUGUGUAUAACCUACCCUCGGGGCAAUAUAUUCACAGUCCUGAAUUACAGGGAAUACAGUAUUAAUGUGGUGGCCACGAUAUUUGCUUUUGUGGUGACACUUUGCUACGGCUGCAGUUUGGUGAUGGGAUUCAAGAGGUGGAGGAUGUAACCAGGAAAAUGAACAUGAACUCAUUUUACAGUCGGUUCGUGACUUUAACAUGCAGACGACUCCAUCCGAUGAUUCGGAAAGUUCUGUAAGGAGACUGUUGUUGAGGGAGCGAUCAUUACAUCACAAAUACAGAACAGAAUUUUAGACCUUGCUAUAACAUCUGCAACAUUUCUGAAUCAGAAGAAAGAGUAAAAAAAAACAUCUGGUAUGAUUUCAGGGCAGUAAUAUUGUGAUACGAAUAUUUCCUCUUAACCCACACACCCCUCCCUUUCCUGGGUCCCGGCUUCACUGACAGACUUUACCAUUGAAAUAUGAGAAUUAGGAGCAGUUACCUGUGGUGCUGAGGAGCUGUUAACGUCCUCUAGCUUUAACAUGACUGGAAGUCAGUUGGGCAUUUGAAUUUCUUGUCAGAAUAUUUCAAUAUGUUUGAUGACUUAACUGUUUUUCACAGUAUUAUAGUUCUUGUAUACUUUCAGUCAAUAUGUGCUAUGCAUUACUGUCUGCUGCCAGUCU